GCACCCCCUGCCGUCUUCCUCACUACACCAACCAAACUCCCAUCUUUCCUCAAUACUCCUACUUGAUCCCGUGUCAACCAGUCCCAAGCACCAUGGCCUUCGUUUUCCUCCUCCUCCUAGCUUGCUCUCUGAUGACCGCUGCCUCCGCUGGUAACUUGGACCAAAACUUCCAACUCACCUGGGGCGAUGGGCGUGCAAAGAUCCUCGAAAACGGGCAGCUCCUCACCCUCUCCCUCGACAAAGCCUCUGGCUCCGGCUUCCAGUCCAAGAACGAGUAUCUCUUCGGCAAGAUCGACAUGCAGCUGAAACUAGUCCCUGGGAACUCCGCCGGCACCGUCACCGCCUACUACCUAUCAUCACAAGGACCGACCCAUGAUGAGAUCGACUUCGAGUUCCUCGGGAACCUCAGCGGAGACCCUUACACGCUCCACACCAACGUUUUCGCCCAGGGGAAGGGGAACAAAGAGAUGCAGUUCCAUCUCUGGUUUGAUCCCACCAAGGACUUCCACACCUACUCCAUCCUCUGGAACCCCCGACAUAUCAUCUUCAUGGUUGAUGGCAUGCCAAUCAGAGACUUCAAGAACAUGGAGUCCAAGGGUGUUGCGUUUCCGAAGAACCAACCCAUGAGGAUCUACUCCAGCCUCUGGAAUGCCGAUGACUGGGCGACGCAGGGCGGACGCAUCAAGACCGACUGGGCGAAGGCCCCCUUCACCGCCUCGUACAGGAAUUUCAACGCUGAUGCCUGCGUCUGGUCCUCUGGUGCCUCCAACUGCCCUUCGAAGAAAUCUAACAGUGCUGGCUGGUGGAACCAGGAGCUGGACUCCACAAGCCAUCAGAGGAUGAGGUGGGUGCAGAAGAACUACAUGAUCUACAACUACUGCACCGAUCAGAAGCGAUUCCCCCAGGGCCUGCCUCCAGAGUGCUCCAUAGCCUGAAGAGAACAGAGAUCGCAGAACAUGGAAACAAAUUCUUUUAUUCGUUAGUUCUUGUGUAGGAUACUAGGACGGAUUCCUUAUCAUCAUUCAUGUUAAUGGACACGGAACACUAUAUAUGUUGUUAUAUUCUCCAUGCCAAAUGAUACCAUGCAUAUAUUAAGAGAAGCACGUACGGGGGUGAGUUUUCUCUAGCCGUUCAGCUGAACUAACUUGCCUUCAGACGAAUGCAUGUUCUUCGCUCAUGUAUUAUAUUCUGAGUAUAUGCGAUGCAAGUAUGGUAAUACAUAACCUGAUUUCAGAAA